GGAUUGAUUGCUGCUGUGCUGGGACCCACAUUUCAAGAUUUGGCAAGAAAUGUGAACCAAAAUAUAAGCAGUCUUUCUGAAAUAUUUGUGGGUCGUGCUGUGGGAUAUUUGGGUGGCUGUGCGAUUGGUGGAAUUCUCUUCAACCGAAUGAACCACUUUUUACUUUUGGGGGUGUCAAUGUUGGCUACCACCAUUGCUCAUUACCUCAUUCCUUUUUUCAAGACAGCAGUAUUACUGAUUGUCAUGAUGUCUAUCACUGGUGCUGGAAUUGGUGUUGUGGAUACAGGUGCAAAUGUCCUUAUCCUGGCUCUAUGGGGGGACAAAGGAGCCCCACACAUGCAGGCCCUGCACUUCAGUUUUGCCUUGGGUGCCUUUUUAGCUCCUCUCCUGGCAAAAUUGGCCUUGGGAACCACAGUGUCCGCCGAAAACCACACGGAGCCUGACCUUCACCCUCCAGCCCUCAACCAAUCCCCUGAAGCCAGCCUGGACCCUCUGUUUGCAGCACCUGAUGACUUGAACUUACUGUGGGCUUAUGUCUGUUGUGGCACGUACACUUUUGUGGUUUCUGUCUUCCUGUUUGCUCUGUUUUUCAAAAAAACCUCGAAGCACGGAAAAUCCACAGCAUCUGCCCAGGUGUCUCGAAGAGCUAAAUAUCACAAGGCCCUGCUCUGUCUCCUUUUCAUGUUCUUCUUCUUUUAUGUUGGAGCUGAGGUAACCUACGGCUCUUACGUUUUCUCAUUUGCAACCACCCAUGUUGGCAUGGAAGAAAGUGAAGCGGCUGGGUUGAACUCCAUCUUCUGGGGGACCUUUGCAGCCUGCAGGGGCCUGGCAAUCUUCUUCGCUACGUGUUUGCAGCCUGGAACCAUGAUUGUAUUGAGCAACAUUGGCAGUCUGGUCUCGUGUUUAUUUCUGGUGCUUUUUGACAAGAACCCACUUUGUCUCUGGAUAGCAACUUCAGUGUAUGGGGCCUCAAUGGCCAGCACCUUUCCCAGUGGUAUUUCUUGGCUUGAGCAGUACACAAGCAUAAAUGGAAUUUCUGCAGCAUUUAUUCUAAUUGGAGCUUCCUUGGGACUAAUGGCUAUUCCUGUAGGAGCAGGAAAUCUUCAAGGACAAUACCCAGAUUUGCCAAUAGUUCUCUACACCUGUUUAGGGUCAACAAUACUCACUGCUGCAUUAUUUCCUGUGAUGUAUAAAUUAGCCACCUUUUCCGUUUGUCGCCAGCAAAAAGAAAACAUCAAGAGUGAGAACUGGAAAGCUUUGCCCUCUAGCUCAGGCCUGGGAGGAUAAAAGUGAGGCAAAAAUGUACAGGAAUACAGUGAUAUGGCUUUUGAAGUGAUUAAAGGAGUGAUACAAUGUGACAUUCUAUAACGUGUAAACAUCUAGACGUCGUUUUAUGGAGGGCAUACUUGAAGUCUCCAACUAAUUCCUCUCAACUGCAAGAAUGUUUGAAUUUUCUCCAGCUAAUAUUGGACUUUUUCUGCGAAGUACUUCAUCAGAAACCAGGACACAGGGGACUAAUACCUAGAGAAGAUGGAUUGCUUGCUGAUUUUCUUGAAGAAGCGCCACUUCUAAAGAGGCCGGGAAGAGCAGAGCAUUAGCAGAUUUUCAGCAUGUUUUGCAGAUCUAAGUUUCUAGGUCCAUCUAUAGCAGGUGCUAAAAAGUUUUGAAGUAUUCUCUCAUUCCCAUAGUCUUUCACAAACUACCCAGUGGUCGUACAGUAGGAUCUUGCAUGAGGCUAGUGUUUGACAUGGGGCUGAUCAUAUACUAUUUCAUAGUCUCUACCUUUUAGCACAUACAGAGAAAUCAUUUGAGCUUGAGUGGUAGCCAAUUGAGCAAAACCAAAGAGGAGCAGAAUGGAUUUGCUCAGCAAAUUAUGAGAUAUCCAUAAGCUGCCUGGAAAGUUGAGUUUAGUUUUGUAAAAGCGCAUCCUUUGAAAUAGAUGUUUUAAUGAAUUGAUUUACCUCCUCUGUAGGAUUGGAUGAAAGAAUGGUUAUGAUCCAUUUGAUUUUUGAUGUCUAUGAAAAAAAUCCAACAAACUGGCUUUCCCACCAUGACUGGUCUUCAGGCUCUACACUAAAACACUUCAUGUAGGUCUCACUUAUCUCAUCUCCUGGUCUGUGCUAUAAGAAGUAAAAAAAAAAAAAUGAGGUGAUUUCCAAAUUUAAGAUCCAUGUAUUGUAGUUGUAUGAGGUAUGACCUAGAAAUCAAUGUAAUUGGCAGCCUGUUCUUCCUUUCAACUGAGAAGUGAAAAAAA